CUACCACACAAGCAACCAACAUUAGUAUGGAGUUAUGGAGACCACAGGUCGAAAUGCCGAUUUAUCCUGUAUCUCCGGAAUUUUCUCAUGCUUCGUAUUAUCGGUUGUUUAUAUCGCGAGUUUGUACGUAUGGAAUUCUCCUCACAACAGAGAACAUCCUUCUACUAUAAAAAGAAGAUUCUUUAGUGUUUUUGUUGUUGCUCUUAUUUCACCAAUAUUUUUAUACGUUGGUUUGGACGAAAAGGUUUAUCAAAAAGCAACCAUUUGGGAAUUAUUAGGUUUACGAUGGUCUGGCCUAUUCCAGGCAAGUAUAAUACCAUUCCUUUUAACAAUGAUCUUAUUUUUGGGCCCAUUGAGUGUACAAAUUUUUAAUGGAUUCUGGAGAUUAUAUGCUGAGCCUAUGUACUGGCUAGGAAGUGUACAUACAUUAAUUUGGUGGAGAAAUCACAUUGUCGCACCUCUGUCGGAGGAAUGGACUUUUAGAGCUUGUAUGUUACCAUUACUUUUACAAUGUUUUACACAAACUACUGCCAUUUUUAUAUGCCCGUUAUUCUUUGGAGUAGCACAUUUUCAUCACGUAGUAGAAAGAAUUAAAAUGGGAAUGGAAAUAAAACUUGCUUUAUUCAUAUCUUGUUUCCAAUUUGCAUAUACUACAUUAUUUGGAGCUUAUGCAGCAUUUCUGUUUGUUAAAACAGGACACUUUAUAGCUCCUUUCAUAGCUCAUUCAUUUUGCAAUCAUAUGGGAUUUCCUGAAUUAUCGGAAGUCGUAGCUUAUAAAGAUCCUUUAAAAAGAGCAGCUCUAUUUUCUUUAUUUGUCAUUGGUUUAUUUGCAUGGUGUUUUCUAUUAACGCCAAUGACUGAUCCAGCAAUAUAUCAUAAUAAUUUAUUCUGAUAUCUAAAGAUUUAUAUGAAUUAUAUUUUGUAAAGUUGUUACGGGUGUUAGACUGUAAUAUUUCUAUAUCAAGUAUCUCAUUUGUAACUAAAUAAUAAUUAAUCAUGUUAUGAAAUAUGUUCAUACUUAAGAUAUACUUAUAAGGAUAUACUUGUAGAUUACAUUACAAAAUAUGUCUACAUUAAGUUUAAUAAUGGAUAUAUUAAGUAAUAAUAUGCGUACAACGCAUAAUGUGAUUACACUUGAUGUAAUAUCAGUCAGAAAAACUAUAAAAUAUCACCGUAGUGCCUGAGAAAAUAAAACUUUUACUAUAAAU